UAAUAAUUAUUGUAAGCUGGGCCUAAUGGGCCGUAUAUUGGUUCAUGUUUAUCCGAGACAAGGAUAAGAUUACCUCUGUAUCCAAACAAGGUCAGGGUCCUCUACCGUCUUCCUCCUGCUUCCGCCAUUCUUCGUCGUCUCUCGAACGCGUCACUCUUUUAGUCGGUUUUGUCGUUUACAGUAAUUUGCGAUUUUUUGAAGGUUAACGAGAAACAAAAAUGUCCGACUCUGAUAAUCUACAGCUUCCACCAUCAGCGACAGGGGCAACAGUUGCAGCUACUGAUCUUGGUUGGUACAUUCUUGGUGAAAAUCAGCAGAACCUGGGCCCAUAUACUGUCUCUGAGCUAUGUGACCAUUUCAGGAAUGGUUACCUACUAGAAACUACCCUUGUCUGGGCUGAAGGAAGAAGCGAAUGGCAACCACUAUCUGCCAUUCCCGAGUUGAUGUCAAGGAUAUCCGGAGCUGAGAUUGUCUAUCCGGCUGUAGGUGCAUCUGGGUUGGUAAAUGGAUCUAAUGCUGGAACCGAGCAAGAGAAGCAAGAUUAUACUGCCUCUGCUAGUACUGAGGAUGAAUUUGAGAAAUGGCAGAGAGAGAUUAAAGAAGCAGAAGAGGAGGCUGAAAGGUUGAAAAAUGGUUCUGUCUCUGGUACUGAGCUUGUCGAAGAUGAUCAUGAAAGGGCUUCUUCACCACCUGAGGGCGAAGAUGAGUUCACAGAUGAUGAUGGAACGAGAUAUAAAUGGGACAGAGCUCGUAGAGUAUGGGUUCCUCAGGACGAUCCACCACUGGGUAGCGUUGACCCGUAUGGACUCGAAGAGAUGACCUUUGCUAAGGAAGACGAAGUAUUUCCAACAAUUAACAUUCUUGAUACUUCUGUUGAUAAGAAGGAUGCCGCUAAGGAUGAUGUGGCUGGUAAGAAAGAAGAAGAUGGCUCUGAUGAAACAGCUGAAAUAAACAGUAACGGCAAGAGAAAGCUACCAGAGCCAGAAACUGAAAAGAAGGAACCAAACAAGCCUCCAGAUUCGUGGUUUGAGUUAAAAGUCAACCCACAUAUUUAUGUUACUGGGUUGCCCGAUGAUGUCACCCUCGAGGAAGUAGCUGAAGUUUUUUCUAAAUGCGGCAUAAUUAAGGAGGAUGAAACUGGCAAGCCUCGGAUAAAGCUUUACAGUGACAAGGGGACAGGAAAAUUAAAAGGCGAUGCUCUUAUCACGUAUAUGAAGGAGCCCUCAGUGGAUCUGGCAAUUAAAAUCUUAGAUGGGGCUCCGUUACGUCCUGCUGACAAGCUCCUCAUGUCAGUUUCUCGAGCUAAGUUUGAGCAGAAAGGGGAGAGAUUCAUAACCAAGCAAACCGACAACAAGAAGAAAAAGAAGCUUAAAAAGGUCGAGCAAAAGUUGCUUGGAUGGGGUGGUACAGAUGAUGCUAAGGUCUCAAUACCUGCAACGGUUGUUCUGCGCUACAUGUUCAGUCCAGCUGAGUUGAGGACUGAUGAGGAUCUGGUUGCUGAGUUAGAGGAAGAUGUGAAAGAGGAGAGUUUGAAGCAUGGACCGUUUGACUCAGUGAAGGUCUGUGAGCAUCAUCCACAGGGAGUUGUUCUUGUAAGAUUCAAGGAUCGGAGAGAUGCACAGAAAUGUAUAGAAGCAAUGAACGGUCGAUGGUAUGCAAAGAGACAGAUACAUGCGAGCCUCGAUGAUGGAUCAGUUAACCAUGCUACAGUUAGGGAUUUUGAUUUGGAAGCCGAACGGUUAGAUCAGUUUUCAGCUGAACUCGAAGCUGAUGAGUAAAAACAAAAGCACAAUGAUCUAAAGCCGGGAAGAUUUUGGAUGAUUAUUCUGGGAAACUCAGGGUUCUGAUGUAAAUCAGUAGGCACAGACACAUCCGAAUCAGACCAAGGCAAACCAGAGGCCCGGUUUAAUCUAGUAGUAGUAUUUACCUGUAGUAAAAUUAACGAAUAAGACUGCACUUGCGAGUGUAUUUUGAUAUUCGUUUACUAAAAAACCUUUACUAAAAAAAUUUGAAAAAUCAUAAAAUUAAAAAGUUAUGCUUCACUAUA